GAUUAUUUAUAUCACCUAUUUAUAUCGCUCAUUGUCAGCUGCAAUAAGUUAGUAUUAUCUGAAUGAGGAAAAAAUAUCAGAAAAAAAUGAGAAAGAAAGAUAAUAAAUUGUUUACGAAUCCAACGCGUGCGUGGCUACGCAAAGGUUAAUUAUCAAGAUUGGCAUGUCGGUCUACUCGCGUACCUUCUACUAAUCGAGGUUAUCCCACUGCCCCUGUUUCACUCUGAAUAUUUAACCCCCGCGCGACUCUCCUUGACCACCCAUACUCGACACUUUGCUGGCGUCUCGUGGUCUGCGGUGCUGCCACCAAUAGCUUCCCUCGAAAAUCAGAAACAUGGCGUGGGCGGAAAGGGGGUAGUGGAACGUUAGAAGCGAGGGCAGCGUGUUCACGCGAAAAAAUUAUAUCAAUCGUGGCAUCCGGAUAUUUUCCACGUCACUAAUUUUUCCCUGCUAAUCUUUACUCGCAUUAUGAAUUUCCCACUUACGUAAUUCACAGUUAUUCACUGGAUUAUGGCAACGAUGGACUUAUUCACCAACGACUGAGUGUGUUUCCAUUUGCACAAUAUGUGAAGUCAUGACUUGGUGUUAACAGAAUUUCCUUCCAUUCAAUUAACUCUAGUGAUAUCCCUUGUGCGACAAUCUCGAUUCGCUUCUCACAUCAGUCAGCCUGCACCCCUUUCACUCGAUGUGUGCCGUAAGCGCAUCGUCACCACCCAACCCUUUCCCAAUUUCCGUACCUCGUUGCAUCGCACAUUGUAUAAGUAGCGCAGUGCUGCCAUCGCACGGGGCAAUACAGGGCGUAUCACCAGAACGGUGGGACGUGGAGGGUGUUACGUCGCAUCUUCUCGAGUGAGUCGGCACGAUUGCGGGACAGAAGUAGGAUCGCGUCUCAGCAUCAGUGCACGUUGUCGUGCGUGUCGUCUCCCCUUCUGUCACGAGGGCCACUUUUGUCUCCUCUGGUGCUCCCCUUCCCUGAUUCUUGUUCUCAGGCGCGUGGCUCAACCCCUUUCGGAAAUUGGAUGAGUGGCUUGUGCGAGAUAGGGUAGAAAGAAUAGACAAUUGGUCAGUAGUGGCGCGUGCAUGAGGCCGGACAAGCCGGCGUGCCGGGUUCCGUCCCGGCUACGCGGCGAUAAGUUCUCGGGCCCUUCGUCGCAGUCAUUUUCGCCGCGUUCGCAGAGCGUGUCGCGAAUCAGUGAUCGUAAAGCCGAGAGGAAGAAAAGCUGUCAGUCGGCGUUAACUGAAGGCGAGCGAAAGGUGCGCGGAAUCGUUGGUAGGGGCAGCCACGGAGAUCGGAGAAGUGGAGUCAUCGCGGGUGGCGAUCAUCGCGGGUUUGAAUGGGUGGGCCGGGCGCCGGUAGGGUUACCAGGCACGAGCUGAACGCGGUGCCCCAGAGCCACGUCGGUCACGGGGAACGUGCCCUUGGCGAGCCACCAGCACCAGGCUGCCGCUGUCACCCUCCGCAGCGAUUGUCAUCCGGCAGCGCCGUCCGUUCCUUCGCCCAACUGCCACCCUCGCCACCGCCACUUACCUCUUUACAUAUCGGCAACAACAACGGCACCGUGUGCGCCGUUAUCAGCGCCAACAACAACAUUACCACUACCACCGCAAAUUCAAGUGAUAGCAAAGCUAAGAAGGCGGCCGCCAUGUCUUCACCGCCGAAACAUCGUAGGGGCUUCGACCCCAACGACCCAGCGGAAUAUCACCGCUAUCGUCGCGUUAAGACGAAGCAGCGAGGCUUUGUAUGUCCCACAUCGUGUGACCUUCGGCGUUGGACACAGACCUCCCUGAGAUCCCCCGACACAUCCACCAGCACAAGGCAUUAUAAAACACACACAAGCUUGCGAUGUUCGAUGUUGGACCGCUUACUGAUUGUACCCCCGCCGCUAAAAAAGAUAUAAUGCGACGAAAGUACGAUCGUUGUGAUAAUAAAAAAUUUAUAUAUUAUUACCUGAGAAUAUAUAAAUCCAGCGUCCUUCCUGAUAGUACCUUGUAAUAUUAGCAUGAUAAUGUCAA